AUGUCACACGUGACACAGGGUUUGGAUAUCUUGAGGAAGCCUCAUCUCUUUUAUAUGCAUAAUCCAGAAACCAUUCCCAUAAGGAACCCAGCAGUUCUGAAAAUUUCUCAUGAGAAGUUUAGGCAUUUUCAGGCCCUAUCAGUGACUGGGCCUCACAAAGCCGUGAGCCAAAUCCGGGAGCUCUGUUGUCAGUGGUUGCAGCCGGAGAUUCACAGCAAGGAGCAGAUGAUGGAGCUACUAGUGCUGGAGCAGUUUCUGAACACCCUGCCUGUGGAGGUUCAGACAUGGGUGAGAUCCAAACGACCCAAGAACAGCAAGGAGGCAGGAACCCUAGUGGCAAACUUGAUCCGAGCAUGUGAGGAGGAAGAUUACCCUGGUAAGAACUCUGUCGUUCUGGAAGAGAGGGACACCAAAGAACCAAAAAAGGAAGACACAAACGUUUCUAACACUUUGCCAUCUGUUGGAACCCAGCGUCCAUUUCAGGGAUCCCAAGUGGAGAUGCCCACAGGAGCUGCUGAAGAGUUGGUGACUUUCCAGGAUGUGUUUGUGGACUUCAGCCUGGAUGAACUGACCUCUCUUACUGCUGUUGAGAGGAAACUCCACCGAGAGGUGACACUGGAGAAUUACCAGAACCUGGUCUCUGUAGGGUACCAGUUCUCUAAACCGGAUAUCAUUUCACAGCUGGAGGAGGAGGAGUCAUGUGGGAUGCAGGAAGAAAGUGCUACAAAGACAGGUCAAGAUUGGGAGAGAGGACCUGAAACCAAAGAUCUAACUCCAAAGCAAAGCCAGCCUGUAGAAAAAUCAUCCUUGGAGGCAGGAAUGGAAGAUUUGGAAAUAGGUAACUUCUGGCAUGUAGGACACACAGGAGAGUCUUCUCCUGCUGAUCCACUGGAUUUGUGUCAGGUCAACAAGGAGAAACCUAUAAGCUCUGGAACCGUGAGUGAGCCCAAGACCCUCGCUCAAGAAGUAAGCCUUGACAGAGAUGACUUUGAGAGAAGUUCAAAUCUUACUAAACAAUCAGCAGGCCCUCCAGGAGCAGAUUCCCAGGAAUGCACUGACCCUGAGACUUGCACCAGUCCCCCACCAGUGGUCAACAAGCCUUUCUCCCAAGAGCCCAGAAUCAACAGAUGUGAAUUUUGCAAGAGAACCUUUAGUACCCAAAUGGCCUGCAAGAAACAUGAGCGGAUCCAUACUGGCAAGAAACCCUCUGAAGGUAAACAAUGUGGAGAAACCCUCUACCUCAUGCCAUACCUCACCAGACAUCUGGGAGCUCAUUCCGGUGACAAGUCCCCUGGAAAGUCCUUCAUUCAGCGUGUAACUAUCUGUGGCCGUGUGAGAAUCCAUAGUCAGGAGGACUACUACGAAUGUGUCCAGUGCGGCAAAGCUUUUAUCCAGGAUGACCAUCUUUUUCAGCAUCUCCAAGAUCACAAGUCAGCAAAAGCCCUUCCACCUGGGUUUCCCCGCAAAAAGACAUAUUUAAUUCGCUAUCAGCGAAGACAUGACUAUGUUGGAGAGAGAGCCCAUCAGUGUUGUGACUGUAGCAGAGUCUUCCGUCGGAGGUCACAACUCAUUCAACACUAUCGGAUUCAUGCACAAGAGACGCCCUUCCAGUGUCAGCUGUGUGGGAAAUGUUUCAGCCAACCCUCACAACUCACUCAACAUUACCAACUCCAUUCUCAAGAGAAAUCCAGUUAG